CCCCACCCCCAGUCUGAGGAACCUCAUAUCUCGGCAUCGCUGGAUCACUUUCUGGUUUAGCUGGGAGGCACAGACACCGCUACCGGAGCGAAUGGAUGAGUGAAACCCCGGUAUGGCGGACAGAGAGAAGAGUAACCCGUCGCCGUCUGGCCGCUCGGCUAGCGGCCGCCGCGUGCAGGUUGACUCGCCAGCCAGUUUCAGGUUGACCCAUGACAUCAGCUUGGAGGAGUUUGAGGAUGAGGAUCUGUCUGAGAUCACAGACAUCCAGGAUGAGUGUGGGAUGAGUCUGAACUGCAAUGGGCUGGAGGUGAAGGGCCAUGUGAGGCGGGGGACCAAUAGCGUGUCAGGGAGGGCGGAGCUAGGAGCUGUCGGACACAUCCACACGGAGAUGCUUCAUUUGGACCUGAUCGACGACGACGACAGUUACUGCGGCGACACAGAACCCUCCAAGCCGUGCGCCACAGCAUCCCUGCUAGCGACCAAGGACCCCACGGCAACCGUAACCAUGGAUACCUACCGUCCCAAGAGACCUACGACCCUUAACCUCUUCCCCAUGGUGCCACGCACGCAGGAUACGCUGAACAACAAUUCGUUUGGUAAGAAGUACAGCUGGCAGGAGAAAGUGUCUCGGUCGGCCUCCCCCCUCAAGACAGGUGACCUUCCCCCCCCCCACGAGCACACCUGUCUGAGCGACGAGGACAAGCAGCGGCAGGGGGGCGGGACCCAGGUGGGCGUGGCCCAGACCAAGGACUGCGGCACGUCCACGGACGGCCCCUGCCGCCGAGGCCACGCCCCUGUCACCACGGGAACACGCUCCAAGCUGCAGGAUAGGAAGCCGCCGCCACCGCCGCAGGACUACGCGCCCCUGCGCCCCAGGGGGGACGGGGCGGAGGACAGGAUACACUACACCACGGACGUGUGUCUGGAGCCCACCGAGGAGAUCUACCUCACGCCCGUGCUGCGCUCCUCAGAGUCCCUCCAUGACCACGCCCACGCUCAGCCAGACCUCCCUCCCUCCCAGCAGCCAGAGCACGGGCGCAUGUCCCUCAGCUCAGACACCGAAGGCCCGCCUCCCUACCAGCCCCUCCCCGACCGGACCAAUCCCUGCAUCAGCGAGGAGGACGAGGUCUACGUGGCCCCGCCCCCUUCUUACGCCUCGUGCAUGGAGGCACUCGCCACCCCUCCCGCCCCCCUCGGGGGCUCUGCCAUGAGGCUGCAGGGGGCGGGACUGGGUGUGGUGGGGGCGGGACUGGGUGUGGUGGGGGCGGGACUGGGUGUGGUGGGGGCGGGACUGGGUGUGGUGGGGGCGGGACUGGGCAGGGGGCCGGGGGGCCCCGGGGCCCCACCUCGGACUUCCAUGAGUUCUGAGGCCAGCGGCCUUUCGUACGACUCUGUGAAAUACACGCUGGUGGUGGACGAACACGCCCAGCUGGAACUUAUCAGCCUUCGGCAGUGUUACCAAGGUUACAGCGAUGACAGCGACACGGCAACCGUAUACGACAACUGCGUCUCGUCUCCGUAUGAGUCGGCCAUCGGGGAGGAGGGGGAGGAGGAGGAGGAGGGGGAGGGGGAGGAGGAGGGGGAGGAGGAGGAGGAGGAGCGAGCCAGGGUGGGAGGGGGGAGGAGAGAGGCCAGCGCUUGUCUCUCUGAUGACUCCACCCCGGAGGCAGACCUGAACUUCUCUAAGAAGUUCCUCAACGUCUUCCUCAACGGACGCUCACGCUCCUCCAGCGCAGAGUCCUUCGGCCUGGUCUCCUGUGUGAUCAACGGAGAGGAGAAGGACCAGACACACAGGGCUGUGUACAGGUUCAUCCCCCGUCAUGAUGAUGAGCUGGAGCUGGAGGUGGAGGACCCCCUGCUGGUGCUGUUCCAGGGGGAGGACUAUUGGUACGAGGGCUACAACAUGCGCUCUGGCGCCCACGGCAUCUUCCCAGCCUUCUACGCCACGGAGAUUGCCAAGGAGCCCCGCGCCCUCACAGAGGGGAGGACGUCUGAGUGGGUGGACAGAUACCGCCUGAAGUUCCUGGGGUCGGUCCAGGUGCCCUACCACAAGGGGAACGAUGUGCUGUGUGCAGCCAUGCAGAAGAUUGCGACCAAUAGGAGGUUGACAGUCCAGUAUAACCCUCCCUCAUCAUGUAUCCUGGAGAUUAACAUGAAGGGAGUCAAACUGAUGGUGCAGGACGACUAUUACGCUUCCGACAGAAGUAACGAGUGCAACCACUUCUUCCAGCUAAAGAACGUGUCCUUCUGUGGAUGUCAUCCCAAGAACAGCAAGUACUUUGGCUUCAUCACGAAGCACCCAGCCGACCAGAGGUUUGCCUGCCACGUGUUUGUGUCGGAGAGCUCCACCAAGCCCCUGGCCCAGUCUGUGGGGAAAGCCUUUCAGUUGUACUAUAAGGAGUUUGUUGAGUUCUCCUGCCCUACAGAAGACAUCUAUCUGGAGUGACCCUCUCAUGCCCUCCUACUCAGCCCACAGCAUCACAGUGUAUUAUAACCAUGCUGCAUGGACCAACCACCCUAACAAAGACAAACAACACCUGUCAAACAGAGCUGGUGGAAGAGAGAGAGAUGAGGGG